GUUGUCGCAGAUUGAUGACGUGAAUCGUGUUGCUGCAUGGGGAGCAUGACAUUCUGCUGCCGGAUGCAAUGCCAUCGUUGGAGACCUACUUGACUUUCAUGCGCAGCGUUGUAGUAGAUAUCCCAAAGUCUUUGCUUUCUCGGCUGUCGUGACUACAACUUCAAUGUUUUGGAUAAGUUCACUCAAUUGUUUAGAUAUAGUUUUAUAUAUUAUUAACUGUUAAUUUAAACCAUGUCGAUACAUAUGCCCAUGGCAAGGGCUUUGCUUUGGCAGACGCUCGCACGAAAUCAAAUACCCAGUAUUGGACACAAACGUUAUAGGAAGCUGCAUAAAUACAAUGUACAGUCAAGGGUCCAUGAAGUAAGACGUUUUUCCGUAGGUACUAAUAAGAUGGACGAGGACGACAGCCAAAAAGUAAGACGAGAUGUGUCUCUAGUCAGAAGACGUCCCCUGUCUCCACUGGAGAGAAUUAGUCAGUUAUUACCUCAGGAGUCCCUUGGACCUGAAGUGGAACAGUUAAGAGAUUGUAAUGAUGACAGAACUGAUGAAAGCCUGGCUGUCACUGAGGAUUCAAACACUCUAGUCGCAUCUGACCAAAUCUGUGAAUCAGAUACACCCAUAAAGGAAAUCACAAUGCCCCAAGAAGAGAUUACACAUCUAUCUAAUGGUCGGACUGUUGCCGAUUGCAGUGACGUGCAAAGCCAAGUGGGGGCUGGAACUCCAUCUCACAUGGCCGAACCACUGCCAAAAUCUCUCCCUCGGGAGACCAUGAUCGAGUUCGGGGAGCUGCUUGUUGCCGAGUUUCGCAAGAAAGGUCGGGUAGAGUUUAGGAAGAUGUUCCAACUGCAGGAGGGAGUGCGUCUGCAAAGCUCCUGGGGUACCAUAAACCACGACGACAUGGCAGGGCGACCCUCGGGCCGGAUUAUGAGGACCACACACUGGGCUCCCAUCCUCAUUCGCCGCCCGAGCCUGGAGGAUUAUGUGCUGUUAAUGAAGAGGGGACCAGCAAUAGCGUACCCAAAGGAUGCCAGCAUGAUGUUGACAAUGAUGGACGUGGUAGAGGGAGACUGUGUGUUGGAGUCGGGGUCAGGGUCCGGGGCAAUGUCCCUUUUCCUGUCCCGAGCAGUGGGCUCCAAGGGUACCGUGCUGAGUGUGGAGGUCAGGGAAGACCACCUCGGCAGAUCGGUGAAGAACUACAAACGCUGGCGGUUGUCGUGGGCCCGGCGGCGUGGGGGCGAGGAGUGGCCCGACAACGUUCACUUCCACCAGGCCGACCUGAGCUCCGCCUCCUCCCUGCUCGCCGGUCGGGGGUUCCAUUCGGUUGCUCUAGAUCUCAUCAGUCCCCAGUUGGUAUUGCCAACGGUGGUUCCUCACCUCCACCCCGGGGCUGUGUGUGCGGUCUACUUGGCUAAUAUAACACAAGUCGUCGAUCUACUUGACGGCAUCCGUUGCUCGUCCCUUCCUCUGCUGUGCGAGCGCAUCAUCGAGGUGCCCGUCAGGGAUUGGCUUGUGGCGCCGGCUCGCCAGAAAGACGGGGACUUCUGCACAAGGAAGUCUCCCCUGUCCAACGAGGACAAGGACCUAUGUGGAGUGGAGGAAAAAGGAGAGUCUGCGAACGAUGCACGGCCUUUCGGAAGCGUCCCCUACAUUAGCAGACCACACCCGGAGCAAUUGAGCCACACUGCAUUCCUGGUAAAACUACGGAAAUAUGUACAGUAGCCUCUUUGCAAUUGGCAUACAUUUAUUGUACACUUAGACUAAUAAAAACUUGUGACCUGUUACCCUU